CUGUGUCGUCGUGCAGUUUCUGUGGACAAUCUUCAGGCGCUCCCUACUGCUGACUUGCUGUUUUGUUUGUCAUCACAAUGUCAGGCUUGCUCAACUCAAAUCUUAACAGUUCGGCAUCAAAUCUUCCAGACUCAACAGGACGGCCAUUUACAGCAUCCUUUUCUGGCCAAUCUGGAUCACUUCAAGGUUUCCAUCACUCUGGUCUGCACAACAUUCAUGGAAAUUUCAAUCUUCCAAAUAUGCCUGGAUCGCUUGCUCAAAGGAAUGCUGCAAUGAGCGGCCUUCCAUCCUCUGGGGUUCAGCAAACUGGAGGGAGCAUUUCAGGGAGAUUUGCUUCCAACAACCUUCCAGGUGCCAUGUCUCAGAUUCCUCAUGCACAUUCAGGUGUCGGUGGUAGAGGAAUGAAUGUUGGUGGAGGUCAAGCAUAUAGUAGUGGCAUGAAUAUUGGUGGUACCAUUCAAGGCUUAUCCUCAAACUUGGGCAACAGUGUCAAUCGGAAUUCUGUUCCGGGCAUGUCCGCGUCUCCAGCUUUAGGAAACUUGGGUCCACGUAUUACAAGUUCUGUGGGAAAUAUUGUGGGCGGGAGUAACAUUGGAAGAAAUAUGAGCUCUGGUGGUUUGUCGGUGCCGAGUAUCGCGUCACGCAUGAAUUUUGGUGGGAAUACCGGGAGUGGAAGUCUAAAUGUGCAAGGAUCCAACAGGAUGAUGAAUGGCCUUCUUCCGCAAGGAUCAUCUCAACUAAUUAGUAUGAUUGGAAGUUCAUAUCCAUCGUCUGGAGGUUCAUUAUCCCAGAACCAAAUGCAAGGUGGUAAUAAUUCUCUAGGUUCUAUGGGGAUGCUACAUGACCAUGGUGACAAUGCUCCAUUCGACAUCAAUGAUUUUCCCCAGUUGACUGGCCGACCUAGUUCUGCUGGUGGGCCGCAAGGACAAUAUGGAUCACUACGGAAGCAAGGAGUUGGUGUUAACACUAUUGUUCAACAAAACCAGGAAUUCAGUAUUCAAAAUGAAGAUUUCCCGGCGUUGCCAGGAUUUAAAGGUGGUUACAGUUGAAUUAUUCUAGAACCUAUCCGACUCAGUGAGAUUGUCCACAUUAUACUUUUGUUGUAUUGGUGCAUGAUUAUUUAAUUGUGUUACUUUGUGACCUAAAGUUCGUAUCGGUUUACAUGUCUAUUACUAUACAGACCUGCUACUCUGUACUUAUUUACUCCAGCAUUUGAACAGCUUAGUUCCCAACAAUAC